AUGGAUGCCAAGAUCUUAUGUGAACACAAGAAGGAUGUUGAAGGGGUGCUUAACCAAAAAGAAGACGGCGCAGCAUCAGCGUAUGCAUUUCAUAAACAUAACAUAAGUGAAUCAUGUGGCGGACCAGUUUGCAAAUCGAGCAUAAAUGAACCACCAAAGUUCAGUGAAGGCGAAUGCAUCUGGCAAGAGUUAGAAUUUACAGAGGACGAGAAGAAGAAACAACCUAUCUCCCCUUCUUUAUUCACCGUCAUCCGCCUAAAUCCUGGUUCCGAUGCGCAUAAUGCACAGAAAAAUUUUGGAAGUUUUGAAAAAUGCAGCCUACAUGGACCGCACUGUCGUAUGACAUAUAUACUCGGUGUUUAUGCAUCCAACAACUAA